AUGAUCUCCAUGGUGAUGGUGGCAGUGGGGGUCUACGCGCGGCUGCAAAAACACACAGAGAUGUCCUGCCUGGAGGUGGACCCUGCCAUCCUCCUCAUCGUCGUUGGUGUCCUCACCUUCCUCAUCACCUUCUGUGGCUGCAUUGGCUCCUUGAGGGAGAACAUCUGCCUGCUGAAGACAUUCUCCUUCUGCGUGACCAUCAUCUUUCUCCUGCAGCUGGCAGCUGGUGUGCUGGGCUUUGUCUUCUCUGAUGAGGCUCGUGGGAAGGUCAGUCAGGUCAUCAACGGGGCCAUCGUGCACUAUCGGGAUGACCUGGACCUGCAGAACCUCAUCGAUUUCGGGCAGAAGGAGUUCAGCUGCUGUGGGGGUGUGUCCUACAAGGACUGGUCCCAGAACAUGUACUUCAACUGCACUGAUGCCAACCCCAGCCGGGAGCGAUGCUCCGUCCCCUUCUCCUGCUGCCUGCAUGAUAACAACCAGGCUGUUAUCAACACCAUGUGUGGGCAGGGGAUGCAGGCCAGGGGCUACCUGGAGGCCAGUGCCUUCAUCUACACCAACGGCUGCAUCGACAAGCUGAUCAACUGGAUCCACAGCCACCUCUUCCUGCUGGGGGGCAUCGCCCUGGGGCUGGCCCUCCCCCAGCUGGUGGGCAUCCUCCUGGCUCAGCUCCUUAUCAACCAGAUUGGAGACCAGAUCAAGCUGCAGCUGUACAACCAGCAGCACCGUGCAGAUCGCUGGCACUGA